AACUAUUUCUAAUAUAAAAAGAGAAAGCCUACUUCCUCUUUCUGCCUUCUGAAAACAACAUACAAGUAGCUUUGCUCCUGUACCUUCUUUCCCAAUCUCCUUUUAGUUCACUUUGGACCAAAUGAAGCCUGCCAUGAGAGUGGUUUCUCUUUUGCUACUGCUGCUCCUAGCCACCACAACUCAAGGGAUCAGAUUGGAUGCAGAGUCCUUGGCUGCGUUCCACAAUAAUAUCCAUGAGAAGGGGAGUUCAAUGGGGGGAGUGAAUAAAGUUGGAGUGGCACCUUGUGGAAUUAAUGGUCAAUAUUCUUCAGGGAGGAGUAGGAAACUCAUGAACAAGAGAAUGGUCGCACUAAAGAACGAGAGGAGCAAGGGGACUGUGUUCGACGCCGCAAGAAGCCAUCGUUAUUCCAAGGAAGACGUCGGUAGGAAUGGAGAGGAUGGCCUCCAUGUGGAGCCGCCUGUCUCGAAGCAACCGCAGAGCCUCCCCGACAUGCUAGAGAUAGCAGGAAUGGAUUAUUCUCCUGCAAAGAGAGUGCCUCCAAUCCACAACUGAGGCGCUAAAAGGCACAAAAUAAAGCAAACAUCUAGGAAGAAUGUAAUACUGGAGACUGGACAGCAUUGCCGGAAAUGCUGCACUUUUCUUGGGGGAGGCCCCAUUUUUGUGGAUACUCCUGUAUAAUACUAUCAACUCAUAUAUUA